AGUUUCAGAUUUUUAUCGUGUGUGUGCGCAAUUCGUGGAAGAAAAUUUGGUAAAAUUACCAGAAAAAUUGUUGAAAACUCGAAGGAAAAGCGCUUAUAUGUGGUGAAAAAAACAAAAACAAUAUGGCAAACUUGUGGUUCAUAAACGACGAUAUAGAAACAAUUGUUUAGAAUUGUAUACAGUUUCUGUUCGAGUUCUUCAAAAAGGCUCUCUUCAACACUUGUGUGUGUGUGUACACACGCACACAGAGACAAACACAACGUAGACAAAAUACUAAAACCUCCCUCACACACACAAUAGUCGACGUUUUUUCAGAGCAGCAGCAGCGCAGCGAGCGACCCAAAUAAAGAAAGCGAACAGCAAAGCAAAGCAGAAUUAGAGAAGUGCUCGCAACACAUACACACUCUCACAUACAUAACGAGUCUUUCUCCGAAGAAGCAGCAGCAAGUUCAUUAAGUAUUCCGAUCAUGGACGAGGCCAACAUACAGGACAAGGAACGCUUUGCGAGCCGCGAGAAUCACUGUGAAAUCGAGCGACGUCGCCGCAACAAAAUGACCGCCUACAUUACCGAGCUCUCUGACAUGGUCCCCACUUGCAGCGCCUUGGCGCGCAAACCCGACAAACUCACCAUACUACGUAUGGCCGUUGCCCACAUGAAGAAUCUGCGUGGCACCGGCAACACAAGCAGUGAUGGCACCUAUAAACCUUCAUUCUUGACCGAUCAAGAGCUAAAACACUUGAUACUGGAGGCAGCCGAUGGCUUCUUGUUUGUAGUCAGCUGCGAUACUGGGAGAGUGAUAUACGUUUCGGAUUCAGUGACUCCCGUGCUAAAUUACACCCAAAGCGAUUGGUAUGGCACCAGUUUGUAUGAACACAUUCAUCCCGACGAUAGGGACAAGAUACGCGAACAGAUGUCGACGCAGGAAUCACAGAAUGCCGGACGCAUACUCGACCUCAAGUCCGGCACCGUCAAGAAGGAGGGACAUCAGUCGAGCAUGCGCCUCAGCAUGGGCGCCCGGCGUGGUUUCAUCUGCCGCAUGCGUGUCGGCAACGUGAAUCCCGAUGCCAUGGUCUCGGGUCACCUGAAUCGUCUCAAACAACGCAAUUCCCUCGGUCCGUCUCGGGAUGGUUCCAACUAUGCUGUGGUGCAUUGCACAGGUUACAUUAAGAACUGGCCACCCACCGACAUGUUUCCCAAUGUGCACAUGGAACGCGAUGUGGAUGACAUGGCUUCGCAUUGCUGUCUGGUGGCCAUUGGGCGACUGCAGGUGACUUCGACGGCGGCCAACGAUAUGACGGGCAGCAAUAAUCAAAGCGAGUUCAUCACACGUCAUGCUCUCGACGGCAAGUUCACCUUUGUGGAUCAGCGUGUACUGCACAUUUUGGGCUAUACGCCUACCGAGCUACUGGGAAAGAUCUGCUAUGAUUUCUUUCAUCCGGAGGAUCAGAGUCAUAUGAAGGAGAGUUUCGAUCAGGUGCUCAAGCAGAAGGGACAAAUGUUUUCGUUGCUGUAUCGAGCCAGAGCCAAGAGUUCGGAAUUUGUUUGGCUGCGCACUCAAGCGUAUGCUUUCCUCAAUCCCUACACCGAUGAGGUGGAGUACAUUGUGUGCACCAAUAGCUCUGGCAAGACGUUGCACGGUGCCACGCCAGAACAGCAGCAGCAACAGGCAGAUCAGCAACAACAGCAGCAGCAGCAACAACAACAGCAGCAGCAACAUGUCUAUGUGCAAGCUCCGGGCGUGGAUUACACGCUGCAGCCGCCGCGUCGCGAGAUUACGCCAACGGGCAGCGAUCCUGCCGGCAUCUAUCAGAUGCAUAUGCAGGCGCCUCAUCCACCACGUCCAGGCUCGGCGCAGAAUACGCCGGUGGCAUACAGUUAUGAUGCAACCCAUUCACCAUAUGGCGCCACAGCAGCUGGAGGCGGUCCAUCGCCGCUAGCCAAGAUACCCAAAUCGGGCACAUCACCCACGCCUAAUGCUUGGGGUGCACUGCGUCCCGCUUCACAACAGCAGCCACAAGCAACAGCUAGCGAGGCUUAUCCGGCAUAUCAACAGAGCAGCCCGGCACGAUCGCCCAGCGGUCCAACUUACACCCAACUAAGUGCUGGAAACGGACAACAACAGCAACAACAACAGCGUCAGCAGCAGCAACAACAGCAGGCGAGCGCUUAUCAGGCGGCACCAGCUGCAGCGCAGUGGGGAGAUUGGCAGAAUGCUGCAGCCGCACAUCCGGCGGCUCAUCCGCAUCCACAUCCGCAUCCUCAUGCCCAUCACCCACACCCGCAUCCCGUGGUGGCAGCGGGCGGACAACAACCGCAGGGUCACGAGUUCUCCGAUGUGCUGCAGAUGCUCGACCACAGCGGCACGACAACAUUUGAGGAUCUAAACAUCAACAUGUUUACCACACCAUUUGAGUAAUGCAAUCUCUCUCCCACUCCCACUAUUUCCGCCUACUUGACUCUCUAUUUGCAUCUUGCUCUCACUCUUUGAGACGCUAUUCGAGAUGAGCGCUUGCUUAUCGAUUACAGCAUUCCUGAACUAUCGCGUAUCACGCGCUCAUCUCGCUCACUGCUAUUCUCAGUUUUAUAAUUUACAUUUUCAAGUGCAAUCCAUAAAAACAAAA